AUGUCUGCACCGGGCAGAAACUCGGCCGCCAAGCCUCCAUCUCUUGCAGGAGAGCAUGAUGAGAUGGCCAAGCCGAUCGAACAUGUUACCCAGGUUGAAACAUCCUCUGCAGCUCUCGCAGAGGCCCUUGCUCAGAAGGGAAAGCUCUCGGGCAAGGCUCUGGCUCGCCUUUACGUCGUCAUGACUGUCGGCUAUCUCGUCUCGACUAUUCAAGGUUUUGAUGGUUCUCUCAUGGGAGCUAUCAAUGCAAUGAAACCUUACCAGGAGUCAUUUGGCCUUGAUGGCAGCGGUUCAUCCACCGGUAUUGUCUUCAUCAUCUACAACUUAGCUCAGCUUGCCGCGUUCCCGUUUGUGGCGUACAUCUCUGACGUACACGGUCGACGGCCAUGCAUCUUUAUCGGGUGUCUUGUGAUCCUGAUCGGUACUGCUAUUCAGGGCUCUGCCCACAGUCUUGGCCAGUUUAUCGGAGGCAGAUUUGUCCUUGGCUUUGGGGCCAUUGUCGCGCACGGAGCAGGCCCAGCGUACACUGUCGAGCUUGCGCACCCUGCGUAUCGAGGCUUGACUGCUGGCAUGUAUAACAACUUUUGGUGGGUUGGAAAUAUCUUGGCAGGCUGGGUUACUUAUGGUACCAAUCUGCAUGUUAAAACUUCAUGGGCAUGGCGAAUUCCCACCAUCCUACAGGCCGGCUUCCCCUCAAUCGCCAUGGCCCUCGUCCUCUUCCUCCCUGAGUCUCCCCGCUGGUUGAUCUCCAAAGACAGAACCGAGGAGGCACUAGCCAUCUUCGCCAAGUAUCACGGUGAAGGAGACCCUAACUCGCCCAUCGUCCAGCUACAGUAUCAGCAGAUCUUGGAAGAACACACCCACGAGGAACCUGGUCGCUGGUGGGAUUACCGUGAACUUGUCAAUACUCGAUCUGCGCGGUACCGGAUCAUGCUUGUUGUUGCCACAGCUUUUUUUGGCCAGUGGUCGGGUAACAAUGUCAUCUCGUACUUUCUUCCCGAGAUGUUAAAGAAGGCUGGCAUGACCAACUCGAACACUCAAUUGCUCAUCAACGCCAUCAACGCAGUCAUCUGUUGGGUCGCUGCCAUGUGCGGCUCCAUGGUCCUUGACAAAUUCGGCCGUCGAAGAAUGAUGAUGAGCGGUCUUACAGGAUGUCUCGCCGCAUAUAUCAUGCUGACCGGCUUCGCGGCAAACUCGGACAAGCACAAGGAUCUCGUGUAUGGACUCAUCGUCGCCGUGUAUCUGUUUGGCAUUUGCUUCGCCACCGGCAUGACGCCCAGUGCUACACUCUACCCCAUGGAGUGUCUUCCAAACCGGACUCGUGCCAAGGGAUCUUCCAUCAAGUUUGUGUUUAUGAACAUUGCGACAAUGACCAACACGUACGGCAUCAGUGUUGGCAUCAAGGAGAUUGGAUGGAAACUAUACCUAGUUUACAUCGUCUGGAUCGCGAUCGAGAUUACUUUCAUGUACUUUUUCUUUGUCGAGACAAAGGGCAAGAACCUGGAGGAGCUGUCUGAGAUCUUUGAGGCCAAGAACCCCCGAAAGGCCAGCACUAAGAAGCUUGUGGUUGCCCUCGAUGAGACUGGCCAUGUCGUGGACAUUAAGGAGGCAAAGAAGGAUUGA